CCACCCAAAAAAAAGAGGGCUAAGACAAAACAGCUACUCGACCUACAGUCUGCCCUACGUAAAAAAGAGCAACAACACAAAACGAACCCGACAGACUUGAACCUUAGGGAACUUAAUGGCCUUAGACACUCUAUCAGGGACCUCACCCUGGAGGCGGUAUCACGCUCUAUCCUAUGGUCCAAACGCUUGUAUUACGAGAAAGCAAAUAAGACAGACACACUCUUGGCUAGGGCGCUCCGCCCGAGGCCGCAAGGCAAAAUCAUAACAAAAAUACGCACAACAGAUAACACACUAGCCGAAACGCCCGACGAGAUUAAUGCAGUGUUCACCUCCUACUUCUCAGAACUAUACAACCACUCCCCCCGCCUCCGGGCCACCAAUGCGGCCUACAUUGCAGACAUACACCAAUUUCUCUCUGAACUCACUAUUCCAAAAGUGAACGGGGCGGAAGCGGACGCACUACAAGAACCAAUCACACAACUUGAG